AUGACAUAUGACAAAUCUUGCUUUAACCUUAAGUUUCUUCAUGCUGGCACCGCUGUCAUUGAGACAUAUGUUCUCCAUGUAAAUGCCUUGUUCAUCCUCAACGAAAAGGUCCGGGAUAUCUAUACGUGAUUGGGAUGCAAUGACACAUUCCUUUUCUUUCUCAUAAUAGACUGCACUUUUGCAGACAAUAUCGCUGGUAUCUUUGCUUUUCUGGCAUCGUUUGAGACAUUCCGCCUGAGAACUGAUGCCCUGGAUCAGUUGAUCAACGAUUCCGAUCAAAACAGUUGUUACUGCCAUAUAUGA